AUGUCGUUAACAAAUUGUCGUUUCUACGAGGAGAAGUACCCGGAGGUUGACAGCUAUGUCAUGGUCAAUGUCAAGCAGAUUGCCGAAAUGGGCGCAUACGUGAAGCUCCUCGAAUACGACAACAUUGAUGGCAUGAUUCUGCUGUCCGAAUUGUCGCGGAGACGUAUCCGUAGUAUUCAGAAGCUCAUCCGUAUCGGACGUAACGAGGUUGUCAUCGUGCUUCGUGUUGACAAGGAGAAGGGUUACAUUGAUCUUUCCAAGCGUCGUGUUUCACCCGAAGAUGUCGUCAAGUGUGAGGAGAGAUACAACAAGAGCAAGGCGGUUCACUCCAUCAUGCGCCAUGUUGCAGAGGCCACCCAGACCCCCCUCGAGGACCUAUACCAGAAGAUCGGAUGGCCCCUGAACCGGAAAUACGGCCAUGCGCACGAUGCCUUCAAGAUCUCCAUCACGAACCCUGACGUGUGGGAGGAUGUGGAAUUCCCUAGCGACGCCGUGAAGAAGGAGUUGACGCAGUACAUUAGCAAGAAGCUUACUCCUGCCCCGACGAAGGUUCGCGCUGAUAUUGAAGUUACCUGCUUCGGCUAUGAAGGAAUCGAUGCCGUCAAGACUGCUCUUCGCACUGCGGAGGCAAACAACACCCCCGAGAACCAGAUCAAAGUCAAGCUUGUCGCCCCUCCCCUUUACGUCCUGACCAGCCAGUGCUUGGAUAAGACCAUGGGCAUCAAGCUGCUCGAGGAGGCCAUCGAGAAAAUCCAGGUCAACAUCAAGGAAGCCGGUGGUGGCUGCAUCGUCAAGAUGGCGCCCAAGGCCGUUACCGAGCACGAUGACGCGGCACUCCAGGAACUCAUGGACAAGCGGGAGCGUGAGAACAUGGAAGUCAGCGGCGAUGAGAGCAUGUCAGAGAGUGACGAGGGUGUUCCUGAGUAA